AUGUCGACAAAAGCAGCCACAAAGAAAAUCGUUGUUGCCGGCGGCAAUGGCUUCCUCGGUAGCCGCAUCUGCAAAGCAGCCGCCGCGCGAGGCUGGCAAGUCACCUCUAUCUCGCGCUCUGGCGAACCCACCUGGUCCUCCGUAACCUCCUCGCCCGUCGCACCCACCUGGUCUUCAGACGUCAACUGGGUCAGCGCCAACAUCCUCCAACCCUCCACCUACUCCCAACACCUCCAAAACGCCGACUCCGUCGUCCACACCAUGGGAAUCUUGCUAGAAGCCGAUUACAAAGGCGUCCUCACCGGCAAAGAACCAAUCAUCGGGGGUUUGCAAAAGGCAUUCAGCAGUACAAAGCAAGGAACACAGAAUCCGUUGGAGAGAAAAGAAGGUGAAGAUGUUAGCCCACAACACGAGGGAGGUCAAAUCACCUAUGAGGUUAUGAACAGGGAUUCGGCGAUUCUGCUCGCCAAGGAGGCAAGUGCUGCUGGCGCUUCAUCCAUGGCUUACAUUUCUGCUGCUGGAGGCGCACCAAUCUUGCCGGCGAGGUACAUCAAAACCAAGCGUGAGGCCGAAGCAUCCAUUACUUCAAACUUCCCGACGCUGCGAAGUGUGUUUAUUCGUCCUGGGUUCUUGUAUGAUUCGUCGCGCACGUUUACCGUGCCCAUGGCUGGAUUGACGUUUAUGGGUGCCAUGGCCAAUUCGCUGGUUGGUGGUCGCUUGACUUGGUUGAUGGGUGCUGGUGGCGUGGAGCCGCUGAAGGCAGAUCUGGUUGCUGAGGCUGUGGUCGAGGCUUUGGCUGACGAGCAGCUCAAGGGCCCUGUCGAGGUCAAGGAGAUUAAAGAGCUCGCUACUCGUGCGUGGAGGAGAGGUAUGCUGUAA